AAAGGCACCGUGGAACACAUACAUGAAUCAAAUAUUCCUCGUGUCCCCACAAUGUCUCCACAGUAGUUUUGCUUAAGAAGAGAGGGGGUCGUGGCUUAGCAUUAUAAAGAGAAGGGGAAAACAGCAAAGCUUUAUGAGGUUUAUUUAGACACUUUCCACCGCAAAAAAAAGAAGAGGACUCCAAACAGAAGAGGAAUUGUGGACUAUAUUUUUCUAUUUUGGGCUUUAUGUCACAUUGGUUGGCAUUUUUCAUUGAAAAAAAAUGAAACUUUGGACAUCUCCCUGGGUGUCCUGCCUGGUGAUUCUCAUCCUGUGUUUUGGAUCAGAGUGCGGGACGGUGGAGCGGCGGAAAGGCAGAUCCAAGAGGGACUUGGUGCGCAUUAGGGAGGCGAGAGCCACCGUGCCUGGGGCUUGCGCCACGCGUCUGCCCCGGGGCAAGCGCUCCCUGGCCGGUUUGGAGCGCCGGGGGCUCCGGCAGCGUCGGCGCUCCUCCUCGCAGCCGGACGUGAGCUCCACUGAGCGGGGCAAGGCGGUCUAUUUUACCGGCAGGGGCGACCAGCUCCGGCUGAAGCCCGGCGUGGAGAUCCCCAGAGGAAACUUCACACUUGAGAUGUGGAUCAAGCCGGAGGGAGGUCAGCGAUCCCCCACUGUUAUAGCAGGCCUUUACGACAAAUGUUUCUACGCCUCCAGUGACCGAGGCUGGUUGCUCGGCAUCCAGUCAGUCAGUGAACAUGGCAACCGAGACCCCCGCUUCUUCUUCUCCCUUAAGACAGAUCGUGCCCACAAGGCCACUACCAUCCACUCCAACGCUCGCUACAUACCAAAUCAGUGGGCUCAUCUAGCCAGCACCUAUGAUGGUGUCUACAUGAAGCUCUUUGUCAACGGCGCCCAGGUUGGCGUGAGUCGGGAGCAAUCGGGUGACGUCUUCAGUCACCUGACCAAAAAGUGUAAAGUGCUAAUGAUCGGGGGGAACGCACUGAAUCAUAACUACAGGGGGGCAGUGGAGAGGGUGGCUAUGUGGAGGCAUGCUCGUGGGCAGAGGCAGAUUAUCAGGGCUAUGCAGGGCCACGAGGAUCUCCAAGAGCUACCUCAGCUUGUCAUACGCGAAACCUUUGAGCACCCUGGCAGGAAGUGGCUGACUGUGAAAGACGGUAGCUUCCCUCAGCCAGAGCAGAGGGGAGGUGGACGGAUGGGUUUUCAGGGCAGUGGAGGAAAUGCUGAAGUAUUAUUAGACACGACGCUGGAGCCACCAGCUUGUGGCCAAACGGUCUGCGACAACGUCGAGGUCAUCAAAAACUAUAACCAGCUUUCCAGCUUCCGGCGCCCCAAGAAAGUACGGUACCGCGUGAUAAAUAUCUGGGAUGAUACGCGGACCAAGCCAACUGUGUCAGACCACCAAAUCAGCUUGCAACACCAGCAGCUUAAUGACGCCUUCAGCCCCAACAAUAUCACCUGGGAGCUCAGCAUUCACAACAUAACUAACUCGUCCCUUCGAAACAGGUUGAUUCUCGCUAACUGUGACAUCAGCAAAGUGGGUGACGAUGCUUGUGACCCAGAAUGCAACCAUCCACUUACCGGGUUUGACGCAGGAGACUGUGUGUCGGGCCACCGGAGUCGGUGCCCUGAGAGUAAGCAGGGUAACGGCGUGUGUGACCCAGAAUGUAACUGGGAAAAUUUCUUCUACGACCUUGGUGACUGUUGCAAUCCCGGUGUGACGGAUGUGACCAAGACUUGCUUCAACCGCUCCUCUCCACACAAAGCCUAUUUGGAUGUGAAGGAGCUCAAAGAGAUCCUGCGCUUGGACGGCUCUACUCACCUGAACGUCUUCUUUGCCAACUCCUCUGAUGAAGAUCUAGCGGGGGUUGCCACUUGGCCAUGGGACAAAGAAGCCCUCACGCAUUUAGGUGGAAUUGUGCUGAAUCCAUCUUUCUACGGCACAUUUGGCCACACUGACACCAUGGUUCACGAGGUCGGUCACAGUCUGGGCCUCUACCACGUCUUUCGAGGGAUCUCUGAGAUCGAGUCGUGCAACGACGCUUGUUUGGAGACAGAGCCUUCCAUGGAGACUGGGGAUCUGUGUGCCGACACCAACCCCACACCCAAGUACAAAGGCUGCCACGAUCCCGAGCCAGGAAAUGAAACCUGUGGUUCUCAGCAUUUCACACGCACGCCUUUCAACAACUACAUGAGUUACGCAGACGACUCCUGCACCGACUCCUUCACCCUGAAUCAAGUGGCUCGCAUGCACUGCUACCUGGACCUGGUCUACCAGACGUGGCAACCUGCCUCCAAACCUCCCCCGGUGCCGAUGCCCCCUCAGGUGGUGGAGCAGCAUCACAACUCCGUCACCUUGGAAUGGUUCCCGCCCAUUUCCGGACACUUUUAUGACAGAGAAUUGGGAUCAGUGUGCGAUAAAUGCACUGAGGGGCGAGUCCUACUGCAGUACGCCUCCAACUCGUCAUCGCCCCGACCGUGUGACCCUUCUGGACACUGGUCUCCACUUGAGGCUGAAGGCCCUCCUGAUGUCGAGCAGGCCUGCGAACCGAGUGUACGCACCUGGAGCCCGAACGCGGGGAUUGAGCAAGGCAUCGUCGGACUGUCCGAGUGUCCCCUCCAGGGCUGCAUGCUUCAGCUGGAAUUCCCCCACCCGCUGGUGCCGGACUCACUGACUGUCUGGGUCACGUUCUUCAGCUCUGACGAAACGGCACUGCCGGCUAUACACAACAUUCUGCUGCUCACUGUCAGCGGCAACAACAUCUCGCUAGGGCCCAGCAAUGUCUUCUGCGACACCGCGCUCACCCUGAAGCUGGACGUUGAGGAGGAAGUUUAUGGGGUGCAGUUCUUCACUAUGGAGCAGCACCUGGAGAUCGAUGCCACCCUCUUGGCAUCCAAACCGGACUGCUAUCUGUGCAAUGACUGCCAACCACUGCGCUACCGUCUGCUGCGCCAGCCGCCCUUCACCCACGCGCCACAUGGUCUCAUUUUCAAUGAACCCUCACGUCAAUAUAUAGACAGGGAUGUAGGCGCCCAUGUUGCGUACACCUAUCAGGUACAAACCAUCUCCAGUCGGAGUGAAAGCGAGCCUUCCCCACCACUGGUGCAUGAACUUGGGGCAACCUACUGUGGGGAUGGAUGGAUCCAGAGUUCCAAAGGAGAGGAGUGUGAUGACAUGAAUUCCAUGAAUGGAGACGGCUGCUCCAGCCAGUGCAAGAAAGAGCCUUUCUUCAACUGUGUUGAGGAACCGAGCAUGUGCUACUACUAUGACGGGGAUGGCAUUUGCGAGGACUUUGAGCGAGAGACCGGCGUUCGAGAUUGUGGCCUCUACACGCCCAGCGGCUUUCUGGACCAGUGGGCAUCCACCGUGGAGGUUUCCCAUGAGAAGAAACCCUACUGCUCGGGCGAGGUGGCGGCUGGUUAUCCCGCUGUUACAAAGACUUGUCAGUCCAAGGUGUUUGAUCUAUCUGACGGGGUUUCCCAAUAUGCCUGGUUCCCAUGUCACGAGGCCCGCAAGACUCUCUGGGGACACCCAAACUACAGGCUCAAGGCCCACUUCUCUCAUCCAAUGGUGGCGGCGGCGGUGAUCAUACACCUGGCGGCUGACGGGACUGGUUACAUCGACCAGACUCAGUGUAACAUCACCGUUGAGCUUGUGGACACCAAAGAAGCAAUCCAUAGUCUUGGCGAGUGGCGACUGAGCUGCCGUACGAACCCGUUGGUGAUUCCAGUCAGCCACGACUUGUCGGUGGCCUUCUACCACACCAAGUCCAUCCAGGUCAUGUUCGCCUCCCGCCUGGUGGCCAUCUCCGGCGUCGGCUUGCGCUCCUUCCAGUCCUUUGACCCCAUCACCAUCAGCGGUUGCCAGAGCAAUGAGAUCUACAACCCUACCGGUCAAAGUUGUGUACAUUAUUCGUGCGAAGCCAUCGACUGCCAGGAGCCCUUGAUCCGCAAUGCAGAGCUCAAGUGCAGCAACGCCGGCCGCCACUUCUACAACGGCGACCGCUGCACUAUCUCCUGCAACUCAGGAUACGUCCUGCAGAUCCACCAGGAUGAUGACAUCAUCAAGAGCCAGUCGGACUCGUUGGUGACCAUAACUUGUGCGAACGGCAAGUGGAACAAACAGGUGUCAUGCGAGCCUGUCGACUGCGGUCUGCCCGACAAAUACCACGUUCACCCGGCCCAUUUCAACUUUCCUGAAGGCACCACAUAUGGCAAGAAGAGCACUUUCCAGUGUCGCCAACCCGCCCAGCUUGUAGGUACCAACAACACUCUGACCUGCCUCGAGGAUGGUCUAUGGUCCUUCCCGGAGGCUCUCUGCGAGCUUCGCUGCCCAGCUCCUCCGCCUGUGCCCAAUGCCGUGCUGCAAACCAAGCGCUGCAAUGAGACUGGCCUCAAAGUGGGAACGCUGUGCAAGUACAAGUGCAGGCCGGGCUACCAUGUGACCAACAAACCCAAGAGGCGUGCGUUCAAACGUCAGUGCACCGAGGAUGGCAGCUGGCUGGAGGGAGCAUGCGAACCGGUGACUUGCGACCCCCCGCUGGCCAUCUUCCACGGCUCCUACCACUGCACUGACGGCUUCCGCUUCGACAGCGUUUGCCGGCUCAACUGCUCUGACCCAGCUGGUAAUAGCGCUAAUGCCGUCACUGGAGGCUCCGCCCACACGGUGAGGCUGCUUCACGCUCCAUGCAAGCAGGGCGCAGGCUCCCACGCGAUCCGCUGCAGGAAGGACGGCAACUGGACGGGGUCGUUCCGCCUCUGCCCCAACAGCAAAGGCCAGUGUUCUUUACCUCAAAACCUGCAUUACAGCCUUCAGUACUCAUGCAGGCGAGGACAUGGCAUAGGCGAGGAGUGUGAGCUGACGUGCAGGGAGAGCAACAACGACGUGGUGAUCCUCCCUAGCAACAUGACAGUGGAAAGUGUACUCAAGGAGCACUGGAGGAACCCGCACAAAGUCAAGAGUAUCGUCUGUACAAUGGGACUGAAGUGGUACCCACACCCAGAAUUGCUCCACUGCUUCAAAGGAUGUGAGCCAUUCAUGGGAGACAACUACUGUGAUGCAGUAAACAACCGAGCGUUCUGUAACUACGAUGGAGGAGACUGCUGCCAAUCCACUGUCAAGACUAAGAAGGUGAUUCCAUUCCCCAUGUCGUGUAACAUACGGAAUGAGUGCUCCUGUCGGGAUCCCAACGCCGCGGAGAACAAAAGGGAAGAGAACGUCCAUUCCUUGGGGUGACCAAAACUACGACCGAAGGGGAGGGAGAGGGGCCUCUGUUCAACUUCCCAAGACCCUUUGCUCCAACAACACACCCAGAGUGGCUGAGGCGGUACCCCUGCACCCCCCAUCCUCCAUUUUCCUGCACAUGCUGCUUUAACAGGCAUACCUCUUCAUCCUCGCAACCCCUCUGCCUCCACAUCAUGAAAAGAUUGAGAAUAGACGACGAGACUCAUGAAACGCCACUGAAAGCUUCAUCCCUCAACUAAAAGGAAAGUUGCGCCACAGUAUCAUUGUCAUGAAGCAGCAUGAAUAGAAUUACAAAAAAAGAUCCAUUUAAAAAAAACCUAGUCAAGUCGAGGUACUGUAGCAUGCCUUUUGUUCAGUGUCUAGUUUAGUGCCCUAGAUCAACAAUUACAUGAUUUGGAAGUAAUUCCAAAUGUACAAGUUUGGUGUGUGUGUGGGGUGGGGGUGGGGUUGCGGGAUCAGUUAUUAUAAAUAUGAAGGAAAUGAAGACACAUUUUGAAGACGAGGUUUUGGCACGAGUGGUCAGACAUUCUGUAUCUGUUUUAAUUUCAGUCAUGUGUUUCUUCAUCGGCACAUCAGAGGUUCAAACUCGCUUGGUGGGGAACGAUAUAACCUCAUUUAUACCCCACAGAGUCCACAGACAAUAACCAACAUGAAAUAGACAAAUAGUCACAGAAACUAUUAAGUAAUUACCCCGCAACCACAGAAAUAAUAUUCCCAUGCAAUGUCUUUUAUUUUUUAUUUUGUAUUUUUUCACAGCACGUAAUGAAAACAUCGAGCGACCUCUGCUACUGCGACUGCUGCUACUUGACAUAUUUGCAUUGCAAUAUCCUCAAGGGGACGCGGGCGGUUUGCGGCUUGUGUCUGCGGUUCGCUCACACUCACAACUUCACGUAGAUUACGCUAGAUUGUUACAGAAAAAUAGCAUCGUGCAGUACAUUGACUACGAUUUAAGGAAUGUCACGAAAAACACCUCGCUUUGUAAUAUGUUGAUUUUAGUAUGAAUUUGUUCUUCAAACUAAAAGGAUCGCAGCUCUGUUUUAGAAUGUAAUGAUCGUGUAUCGUUUAGCCAUAAAAGGGCAAGAUGAAAACCAUGGACAAUAAGUAUAUACAACAACAACAUUUGAAAAAUGUACACAAUUGUCCGCAAUAUUUUCGGUUUGAAAAAAUUGACCUCAAAAUGAUCUUUUGUUGUAGGUUCACUUGUUUGAACAUUUUAUAUUCACAAAACUGCUUCCCCACCAAUUGACCUUUUGCUAAGACCUGUUCGAUCUGUUAGUUAAGUCCAUCAAGCUUUUGGCGCUUCGACUGUCUACACUCCCAGUUUUCGAAGAAAGAAAAAUUAAAAACAUUAUUUCAGUCACGCUCUAAGCUUGCUAGCCCUGCAGCUAGUGAUUAUGAUUACCUAGAUAACUGCAUAGCUUUAUCCAGAGCCUGCGUUUAGCAAAUGCCAUCCAUCCAUUUUCCUCCGCUUAUCCGAGGUGGGGUCGCGGGGGCAGCGGCCUCAGCAGCCGUUUAGCAAAUGAAAAACAAAAAACAUCUUCCUUCGACAUACAUAUAAUGUGUUUGACAUUGAACCAUAAUUACCUUUAACUCCUGUUUAUGUUUGUUUCGCAGGAACAGCAAUAAUGUUCCUGCAUCAAUUUGACCCAGGGCACGUUUAACAAAAAAAACCCAAAAAAAACUGUUUGUAUCUCAUGUCUAACUCUAUUUGUAACCAUUUCAUUGCAAACACAUGAAAGUUACAUGGCAAAAAAAACAAAAAAACUCUUCAAUAUUUUAUGUUUAACUGGUCAAAUGUAAGAGGAGUAAAAGGAGCUAUAAGACCAAUAAUGUCCAUAAUAUCCAAAAGUUGGACCUCUGCCAAAGCCUGUUCUUCGUUGUGAUUUGCCGGGUUUAGUGAAAGGGUGAAUUAACCUCAUUCUAUUCUGGCAUUUGGUUACACACACACUGCCACACACAUACAUAUACACACACACAAGCACAAAGAGUGCUGCUGCUUGGCUUAUCGGCCCAUCUUUUACUACUCCGGUUUGGUUGCGGUCACAGUGUGUCUAUGACUUGUCAUUGGACUCGCAUACGGCUGCUAUAGCAUUCCACGCCAUCCUCAUCCGUCAGGAAUCAUCCAACACACACAACAGGCAAGUGGCAAUGUAAGACUGAUGGCAUUGUACAGCCAGUAGUAUGAAGACAUAAGACACACAGUUGCGAGGUAUUAUUUUCCAUCCAAAAAAAAAACAAAAGAAAAAUGACAAACAAAAAUGAAUAUUAUGUAAAUAUUACUUCUCUAUGAAGGGGAACAUUAUCUUUUUCAUGUAUUUGAUUUUUACCAAAUGUCAUAUUCAAUUAGUGUUUGUAAUAAUGACCUCAGUUACUGCACUUUUUAAGUUGCCAUGUAAGGAAAAAAAAGUAUGUCUUUCAAAAAACUGUCUAGAAGCUGCUAUUGUCCCAAUGGUGAUCAAACUGUAUGAUAUUUGGUCUUUUUGCUCCUUGUGUGUUGUUAUGACAUGACCUAUUUCCUUACCUUUUCCUAAACCUGCUUUGCGUAUUGCAACCAAGAACAUUAGAUAUAUCUAAAGAGGCUUCAAAUCCAACCCCCCCACCCCCACCCCCCAUGGCAUAUUCAGUGAAACCUCCAAGGUUGAGCACAAACCAUUCCAAACAAUUUUCCCCCACUUAUAUUGCCACACUAUUCCCCUGAUAAAACAUGAAUGCAAAAUUUUAGCCAUAUUGUGCUGAGCAGCCAUGUCAAAGAUGCAUUCACUAGUUUCUUACAUGGCAGUAAAUUCCAUUUUCUGUUCUCUGGCUGUCAUCUUGUGCCCCCACAGUUCCAUGUCCACAAAAAAGUCCAAAGAAGACCCGUUAAAGCUUUUGAUAUGCGCCUGCUCAUUAGUUUGAUCGUUGCAUCCUAUGUUUCAUAAAUUGAGUAUGGUCCUCUGAGGGCUUUAUAAAAAAUUAAAACGCACCCCCAUUGGAAAAAAAAGUUGACUUACCCAAGCCCUUACAUGCUCACUGAGUCAUUGUGAGUCAGUGAGUCCUUUUUUGCAACAUUUUGGUUUGGUCGACGUUGGAGGUUGCAGUGUAUAUUUUGAUAUUUUAACAUAUCACAACUGAUUCAACUGCACGUUUAUUUUGCCUUCAUUUUUCAUUUGGCUGAGAAACUAAUAGAUCAAAGUCAAAAGAGAAGGAAAUCCUAAAUGAAGAAAUCACAAUUAUUAUUGUUUUUUUUUUAUUGAUUGUAAGUAUGUUCGAAAAGGCUAUGUUAUCUUUAAAGAUUUCAUUUAACAGAAGACAUGUAUUAUCUUGAUAUUAUCAUCAAAUGUAAUAUUAGUACUCUAGAAGCAGCUGUUUUACAUAGAACUGUAACCAGUGGGGGGAGGGGAGGGGUCUCAACAUGCGAGCCCUGCUUCUCCAUGCUGUUGACCACAGGUUCAAUAUCCACCACUCAGCUCCAUUUCUGCCAUUUGACUGGACCGUUCUGUUGUUUUGACUCACGAUGACCUGUAUCGUAAGUCCACGCCUGGCUCCAAAGGCUACCGAAUAAGACUAGAAUUUCUUUUGGAGAAGGUACCCCGUGAAGCCAUAGUCCACCGAGCGAUUCACGCAAGGAAGGAACAUCACCUCGAUACCGUCGUCAUCACAGGAUCCCUCACUGUACCUCAUGCCUGUAAUGUUUGCUGCUUCAAUAUAUAUAGAGAUAUAUUAAUUUUUCUUUUUUUUUUUGCUUCUCAUACCGAUGGUGUACAUAGUAGAACUAUUUAUUGAGAGUGUUAUACUUUUUUAAAUUAUAUUUAAUGUCCAUGUAAGUUAUUUUUUACAUUGUUUGUCCAUCAUUCUCCUUGCAAUCUGGCAAUCCGUCUGCCCCGAGACCCUCUAACACAAACUUUUUUGUUUUUUGUUUUUUAACCCAUAAGUGUUAUAAAACAGACACAGCUUGCUUCACAUGUAAAAUGUUAUGGAUUUAAAUAACAGAAUGUAAUUUUUUUAUUUUUUUUUUACAUUUUUUGAUUUCCUAUGGGAAAAAGAAUUAUGUAUGUAAUGGUAUGAAGUACGAAAGUCACAGACAUCGGAGGUACUAUUGUUGGACUUCAAGGUACCUUUUUCCAGGUUAAAAAAAAAAUUGUUCCCAAACUUUAACUCUCCUGUUGUGUUCGUUUCAUUGGUCCAAGUGACUCGUACUGUGUUUAAAAUACAACAAAAAUUCAAUGUUCUAUUUUCUAUCAUGGAGAAUGUACGGCCAACAGAAUAAGUUUAACCCAUUUUUUUUUUUCUUUUUAAUACUAGAUUUUCAAACAGGUCGAUAUGACCCGUAAUAUAACAGGAGGGUAUUUUUGAGGGUAUCGCUUAACGGUAGGAUAAAUUCCUUUUUUUUUUUUUUUUUUUUUUUUUUUUUUUUUUUUUGCUAAGAGUCUGGUGCAGGGUGUUCUUGGACGCAGAUAAAAAAGGUGAGGGAGAGACAGAGAAAGGUAGGGAAUGGGUGGGCUGCUUUUCCUGGCCCGGGCGGCUAUUUGGCCAGGUGUGAAAAUGUGUACUCACAGGGGCCGGACCCCGUGGCCCCCGCGGCGGCGGCGACCAGCACUUGACUGGCAACGCGACACGUAAGCCACGGGGGCCAAUGAGUCAUAUUUUCUCCCGAAGGUUAAAGCGGCCGUCCCCCUUCCACCGGGUCGGCCGCCCCCCACCGCCCCGGCCCGGCCCUCGUCGGCCCUCCUCCUACUCCUUUGACACACUGGCUCAUCUGUCACUGUCAGCUCGGGCGGCACAGGGCGGCCAGUGUGGAGCGAGGCCCUGCGUAAAAAAGUAAAGAGGAAGUUUGGGCAGCUUAAAGAGACGUUUGAAGUGCAGGCUGAAGGAACAUACCUCUCCUUGGCCAAGCGCCUGGCUUAUCACGUACACUAAUGUGUUUGGGGUCGUGCUUGCUCCCUGACAGGCUUUGAUAUCGCUCCAUAAAUACCAACAGUUGCCACUUUGUUUCGUUUUCUUUUUUUUUUGCAUGGUAAACUAUGACAAAGAAGUAUAGGAGUGUUUGAAGCCCCUCAGAUCAUAAAAUACUGAUGUGCCAUCUUGUUGGAGACAUUUUUAUUUGUGUAUUGUAACACAUGAAGAAGUACCUCUCACAGGCCUCUGGUUCUAGACUUAGUCCACGUUUUGUCUCCCUCAAUAAAGGUGACUUGUCCUUUUGUUUAUUUUUAUUUUAAAGUAUAUAUAUAGAAAAACAAGUGUAUUUGCAUAUUACGUGGAUAUCUAGUGGUAUUACUGCAAUGUUUCGUACCCGAUUGCUCAACAAAUAUAUUUUAAGAUGUAAAUAGUAAUAUUAUAUGAUGAUUGUAUUUGCAAAAACAAUGUACUAACUGUUCGAGAGUAGCUCUUGGAUGGCUUUUUAUCCUAACUAUUAUAUAAAAGUUGUUGUAUAUUGUGUCCAAGUAUCGGCAGAAAAACAGAGAAAAAAGAUACAUUCAAAACAAACAAGAUGCUUUGCCACACCCACUCGCAGUUAGCAUUUAUUUCUCCAUCCAUGGCUCCGUAGAAGUACUGUUGUCAGCUUUCUAGACCAUGAAUUACAUCCAGUGAGUCAUAUUUAUUUGUUGUCCAGAUGAUUGGAACCCGAAUGAUCACUUCUGGGUCGAAAUGGAACCUCAGUAGCAACUCAGUUGCUUUUUUUUUGUCUUGUUUGUUUUUGUUUUUGGUUAUGAAAUCUUAAUAAUAUGCAUUUAAAUGUUUCUUUCAGGCACCAGCCAGUAACCUUUAACAGUUCCUUUGCCCUCACUUUGGACUUUACGAGUCAGAUAUGCCUUUGGGUCUCCACCAACACUGUAAAGGAGGCCAUCAGUUGUCCCUACGAUGGCUUCCUCGCUUUUUGGUUUCUUUUUUACAGUAUGCACUUUUUCAGGCACAUAUACAACCAGUUGGACAUUUUAUGUUUUCUGUGAAUGUUUGUCCUUUUUUUUCUUCACAGUUGCAAUUAUCUCUCAUUUUUUGGUGCUCUGCUACAUGGCAAAAACAUGCGGAACUGUACUAUAUUUUCAUAAGGAAGAGUCAUGAAGAUGAGUAUCAUGUUGAUUUUUUUUCCCGCUGUCAUUUAUUGUGUAGAAAUAAACACUGGUUAAAGUGA